CGCCACAACAGUUUACAAUUGAAUCGGCAGUAAGAAGUGCAAGAAGUACCAAUCCAUCUCUAUACUUGGAAAAUAAAAGACCAUCAGUUUUUUAAAACCAAAAUCAUCAAUUUUGUGAAAAUUAAGCCAACUAAUAUAGUCGCAUGGCCGAAAGGAUUUAACUCAGAUUAAAGAGCGCUGGAAAAUAAUCAUUAAUAUUGUCAUCGGAAAAUUAAAAGUAAUUUUGCUAGUGUGGCAUUGAAUGACUCACUAUAUUUGGAUAGAAGAAAGUUAAAAAUCAAUUGUCCUGUAAGAGGAAUUCGGAAAAGUAGUUUUUGCAUUUUCGCAGUUGAAAAGAAAGUGAAUUAAAAAUCGAUUGAUUGUCAGUCUGCAAAAAUUUCUUCAAAUCGCUCAAUGUUGUUAAGUUCGCAGCGCUGAAAAUUCAAUAAACUCACACGAGAAUUCGGAAAAGAAAAACGCGAUUAACAGAGGCUCGUGCGAAUAAAUUCCACGUCGAGUGACUAACCACAUACAUACAUACCUACCUACCAUAUGCGAGGCGGCUGCUCGCCAAUGCAUAUCAACAAAAAUCACACAUAAUUUUAAAAACGUACAGAAACAACGACGGCGACAUCAACGCAUAAUCAGCAGCUGUUACGACAACUACUGCACAAUACGAACACGGCAAAGACUAUAGUAAGGAGCCGAUAGAAUUGUUUAUCAUAAGAGGAUCAUUAAAAUCUGUACGAGGAGUCGCCCCGUACUAAUAUUCAGCACUAAUCGCGGAUAUACUCAUACACUCAUAUGUAUGUGUACUGUGUGAUCGGGAAUCAAUAAUAAUUAACUGUGGAAAAUUUAAAAUAAUUGUUCGAUUUUGAGCGGGGUUUGGCCAGUGGAGGUGCUCCGGGGGGCAACGCAAGCGUGAUAUCCGCUAGAAUCGCUUCAAAACAAUCCAAUCCAAGUCUCCCAAACUUGUUUCGAAAUCGCCGGAUCUUAAUUACUCAGCAGUUAUUUAACCGAUAAUUGCGCCAUUUAUACAUAAUUAUUAUUUGAAGAAAUUUCAAUUCAUAUUUCAUUUAUAUAACUUGAUACUAGAUUCGCCUCCCGUCAUCUCCAACUAACAAGGCCAACCCAAAUGAUACAUAUUACAUCAAAACAGAAAUAAAGAACAACAAAUAACGGAAAGUUAAACAUUUAAUUAACAUUUAAAAGAUAAAUCAAUAAAUUGUUAAGUUAAUUCAACAAAUUCGCAAUUUAAUGAAACUCUUAAUGAAAGAAAAUAUUUGAAAUCUGUGAUUAUCUUAAUUUAACAAUUAAACUUCCUUAAACGGAAAUAAAAAUAAUACACCACACAACUAAUCGCCUUUUACGCGUCUUUAAAAAUAAUAAUAAUAAUAAAGAAUAACUGUAAAUUUCGAACAUAAAGCAUAUACUGACCCAAACACAAAAGGAGUAACGUAGAUUCGCAAAUCGAAUUAAUUAAACAGAAGAAACAUUCGGAAGUAUAUCUUUACAUAAGAUCGUGUGACUUUAUUUGUUUAAAUGGAAAUCAUCCCUGAAGGUAAACAUUUUCGUUUGGUACAAGAAUCUGAGCUUCCAGAAAUUUUGGAGUAUUUGGAGAGAUACAUACCGGAAUCACUAAAGUUUCAUCAAACCAUUAAAACGUACCUGAAUGAUCGUGUUUGGGACUUUUACUUUUAUGUUUCCAAAGAUUGGCCGGAGAAACCAAUAAUAUUACAUUUUCCAGGAUGCACGCUUACGCCCAACAACAAUAUUUAUCAAAGCUUUGGUAUAUUUUGUCCCUCAACACAAAUCGAGUGUGUGGAUCUUAUGCGGACCGAAGAUAUUCUUAUCGAUUGGAAAAAGCCAUUGUACCUGAAUUUCACGCAUAUUGCUAUCAUGAAUCGUCUGGAUGAUUUUUAUUCGACAAUUGGUGUAAUGGAGCGGCUCGAAGGCGACAUUUACGUGUGUGAUAAAUUGAAUACGGAUUUAGAGUUGGAAGAAUUGCCUGAGGAUGCAGAGAUGCGUCCACUUACUGCUGAGGAUGUGAAGGGUAUUCACGAUUUGUAUCCGGCCAGCGAGAUUGAACGCAUCGAGGUGUUCGAGAUAUUAGUGGACGUAUUGCCAGGUUUGGGAAUAUUCCGCAAAGAUACGAAUGAAUUAGCCGCAUGGAUGGUGCACUCUUAUUAUGGAGCAAUGUUCUCAAUGCAAACUCGUCCAGAGUACCGUCGCAAAGGCUAUGGAAUUCGACUUGCUAGAUCUCUCACUAAACUUGUUAUUGAACGUGGCUAUUCGCCGUUUGUCGUCAUACGUCCACAAAAUGAUGCAUCUAGGAAUCUAUAUACGAAGUUAGGAUUUACAAAAGCGUACGAAACUUGUCGAGUCAAAAUGACUCCUGACCUAAAAGAAGAAAACCAUAGGGAGGAGCCAUUGUCCAACCCUCAAGCUGCGACUAAUGGCGUUGGAAAAGCCAAGGGUCCACCAGCAAGGGCAGAUUAUGACACAGAGGCUAACAAGGAGAAUCAGCCAGUCGAUGAAGGCAUAGAGGAUAUGUUAGCUGAAAAAUGUGAUAUUGGUAAGGAGGAAAUGUGUACCGCCCACGUAAAGGCUGCAAUGGACGAGGGCAUCGAAGAGGAUAAGUAAGUAAUUAAACGAAAAUUAAUGAAGUGAGCGUUGAGUAUUGAGAAGAGCCACGGUUGGGAAGGGUUAGCUAGUCGGGUAGACAUAUAAGAAUAAUAAAUGAAACUAACAAAAAUCUAUUACAAAUGCUAAAAUACACAAAAACUCCAUUAAUAUAUGAUAUACUUAUAACAAUGCAAAGUAAAUGAAUAAGAAUUGAGUGCACAGGAAGACGCUAGAAUUUUGAUGUAAUUUUUAUUAAUCAAAAAGCUUAUUGGAUAAUAGUUUAAAGGGAAGGAAACGGAAUCUGACAUGAAAAGUGUACAUAUGUAUUUAUUUGUUUCUGUAAAUACAUAUGUUUAUAGGAUUUUGGUAAUUCGAAGUUGGUGCACUCGCAAGUAACCAUAAAAAAUAAUAUUUAAAGCAUAUACUAUAUAUACAUGAAUGAUGUAUACAAAUAAUGUACGAAUUGAUAAAAAUUAUUUUAAAAGAUUUUGCUAAAAUGCUUUUACAAAAAAAAAAAAAGAUUAAAGGUCAAAAAUAGUUGUAUGUAUGUACAUAUGUAUGUUUAUGCAUGUGUAUGUAUAAGGUUAGAGCAGAUAAUGAAUUGUUUGCGGUUAGGACUUCCAUGAUUUUAAGGACACAUUCACAUAUACAUAUGUGUAUAUGUAUGUAUGCUUGUAGUUCUUCAAUUCAUUUUCCUAAUAAUGAAUACGCCCGCUAUAGCUAGAAAUAUAUAUAUAUAUAUAUAUGUGUGUAUAUGCAUAUGUAUAUCUUAAAUAAUACAGAUAAAUAAGGUGCGAGAACCGAUUGAAUGCAUACAUAUAAUUAUAGCCAUUACUAAAGCC